AUGACGACUACUGACGAUAAUAUUGUUCAAAUUCAACAACCAUUUCCUGAUAAACUUGUUAUACCAGCUGCUGAAUCUAAUAAACAACCAAUUUUAGAUAUAUUACUCGAUAAUAUAAUACCUUCAUCAAUACCAGUUUCUAUUCUUGAAAUAGGUUCAGGUACUGGUCAACAUAUUGUUCAUUUUGCUGCUUAUUUUCCUCUUGCUACUUUUCAACCAUCGGAUAAUGAUUCAAAAUAUUUAAAAAGUAUUCAAGCUUAUACUGAUGAAUAUGAAGUAAAUGCAUUUACAAAAAAUGUAGCAUCACCUUUAUAUAUUGAUGUUCUUGCACCGAUUACAAUUACUAAACAAUCUUUUGAUUUUAUUUAUUGUUCAAAUUUUAUUCAUAUUACACCAAUUGAAUGUACACAAGGAUUAUUUAGAUUAGCUAAACAAGUUUUAAAAUCAGAAGGUAGUUUAAUUACUUAUGGACCUUAUGAUUUACUUGAUGAUGGACGAAUUACACCAGAAACGAAGCGACGUCUUCAUGCUUAUCUUCAAAUGCAAGAUCCACCUUGGGAUUUAAAAAAUAUUGAUGAACUUAAAAUUAUUGCUAAUGAUUAUCAUUUUGAACUUAAACAAAUAUUUGAUAUGCCUGUUAAUAAUAAAAUUUUAUGGUGGAUUAAAAAGAAUGAUUUAUGA